AUGAAUGGUAGAGACUCACUUUCGCCAAUCAGGCGCGAACCUCGUAAAAAACGCUUGUCGAACGAGAUACUACCCACCACAGCCACUGGAUCGUCGAAGCGUGUUCGCAUGCAACGUACCAGUCAAGCUCAGCACCUAUCAGGCGCAGAAAAGACCGACAGAGUUUUCGCUGAUGAAGCGCAUGUGGAGCUUUUGAAGCCAGUGCCAUAUUGGCAUGCAAACCAAGGCCAAAAAGGAGGCCUGUCGCAACCACAGUUACACACUAAUAUAGACGACCCUUUCGCUUCUUUUGAUAAGAAGCUGGAAAACCUGGGUAACGUACCUCGUGCCGUGUCUAUGAAAGACCCGCAGUUGCUUCCGCCAAAAGACUACUGUCCACGUUUUAGCCCCAUGAGCUUACUUGACGGAACCAAGUACUGCUACGGGUGCAACAAACCCUCCGAUGAGACAGAGGAGAGGACUCAAUCACAGCUUUCUUGUGACAGCUGCGGCAAAGUCUUCUUCGACAAAGAACAUACCAAUACAAAUAGUUCGUCAAGAGUUAUUCCUGGUCGGCCGACGUUCUAUGGUCCGAAUUCUAUGGAUCCUUUACACGCUUUCGAGACUGCGAACCAAGCUACGGACCCUCGAAGGAUCAUUGAAGAGAAUGGCCCUUCAUUAGUUGCAGAUGGUGAAAUUGCUAUCCUCCAGCAACUACUUAUACGUCGAUCCAUCUACGCCUUCGCGCUUCAUACGGGUCGCCCCAUCAAACCACAUCUGUGCGACUACCCUGAUCAUGAUACUAUCCAGUUUCACGAUGACAACCAGCUUGAUCAUUUUGCGACCAGCGAUCUUCUCGGUAUCACUCGCGUCAACAAGGAGACCCGUGCCGAGGCCCUCCCCAUCUUCUACUCUGGCAACACUUUUGAGGUCGGUCCGGAUACUACGACUUAUUUUGACCGCCUGGCUUACUUGGGUCGCUUUGACAUGAUCCGCCACGUCCGGUUCAGCAUCGAGAUGCGCAAAGAGAGUACAUCACCCGGUCUCCUUCGCCGUAUGCACCAGUAUAUAAAGGAGGCUGACGCGUUCGAGAAGGGGCUGGCUCAACCUCCCGGCCGGCGUCUUUGGUCGCUCACGCGCCACCCGCAGUAUACCUAUGGCGGUAUCCCAGAACUCAACACACUGAUCGCGCUGAUGAAGCUCACCUCUCCCUUAGCUGAUAGAGACCAGGGCAGGAGCAAAGAAAACACAGCAUCCCGCUUCAAGCUCGUCGUCCCUGUUCUCAGCGCAUCCGCUAUGGCUUCUUUUGACCGCCUAAAGUGGUUCCCAGCCGUCAUGUACGGUCUCGGCAUCCAGGUCCACUACGUCGAGAAUAUGCCAUUCUCCUCUGUCCCCGGCAGCACGGUAGAUAUUACCUGGCACCAGCGAUUUCAGAAGAAGGACUUUGGCGACGUCCCCGAGUACGUUAAUCCGGUCGAUAGUACCGGCCAGACGGCGGCUUACAAGCGUGCCGUUGAGUUAGACCCGGAGUUGGAAGAGAAGUCGAGACCUAGAGGGUGGGCUUAUAUGUGUACCACUUGUGUUGGUGGCAACUCCGGAUGGUUCGAUAUCACGACUGAAGGUGGAGGUAUUGGAUAUGGUCCGCGAUAG